CCACAAGGAGACGUCUUCGUUUUCGUUUCUGGAUUUCCCGGGUUCCUGGCUUCUGCAAUUGUUGUGGGGAGGGGGCAUUGUCGAAAGGCCGAAUGGGGCGAUGGAGGAGGGCAUCUCAGAUCGUCAACCGCCUUCGCUACGAUCGUUUGUUCGGUUCCCCGCGCGAUUCGAUUCGUGGGUACCCAGCGAUUCCUCUCACUGAUAUAGGUGCUCAACUGAGGAGAGAACGUGAAAUCGUCUAUGGUAGUUUGAGCGGAUUCCGCCUAGUAGGUGGUGGUGGGACGUGGCGGACCACAAUAAGGUCUUUUGGUUCUUUGGCAUCAAAAGUUGCACGGGAUCCUUCCUUUGCUAAAAUUACUGCAGAGGAUAUAAACUACUUCAGGAAGAUAUUGGGUGUCAAGAAUGUUAUUCAAGACGAGGAUCGGUUGAUCGCUUCGAACACGGAUUGGAUGAGAAAGUACAAAGGUUCAAGUCAGCUAUUGCUUCAACCUUCCAGCACAGAAGAGGUGUCACAGAUUCUUAAAUAUUGUAAUUUUAGACGCUUGGCUGUUGUUCCACAAGGUGGAAAUACUGGUCUAGUGGGUGGAAGCGUCCCUGUAUUCGAUGAGGUAAUUAUUAAUGUUGGCUUGUUAAACAAUAUCACAUCAUUGGACAAGGUUAGUGGCAUACUUGUAUGUGAAGCAGGGUGUAUACUUGAAAACUUGGAUUCCUUCCUCUCUGACCAUGGAUUGAUGAUGCCACUUGACUUGGGUGCAAAAGGAAGCUGUCAAAUUGGUGGAAAUAUCUCAACCAAUGCUGGUGGCUUGCGCUUUGUGCGUUAUGGAUCCUUACGUGGGAGUGUUCUUGGUAUUGAAGCUGUUCUUGCAAAUGGCUCCAUAUUGGACUUGCUUGGAACUUUGCGGAAAGAUAACACUGGCUAUGACUUGAAACAAUUGUUCAUUGGCAUUGAAGGAUCUUUAGGCAUUGUUACAAAGGUUUCUAUAAUGACACCGGCAAGGCUACCCUCAACAAAUCUUGCAUUUCUUGCAUGCAAGGACUACAAAAGUUGUCAGAAACUCCUUUAUGAAGCCAAGUGCAGACUUGGAGAGAUCCUCUCAGCAUUCGAGUUCUUGGAUUCCGAAUCAAUGAAUAUGGUUAUUACUUACUUGGAAGGUGUUCGAAACCCAUUUCCUUCAUCAGACUAUAACUUCUAUGUUCUUAUUGAGACAACUGGUAGCACCGAGUCACAUGAUAAGGAGAAGCUUGAAUCUUUUCUCAUGAAGUCUAUGGAAGGUGGUUUGAUUUCCGAUGGUGUUGUAGCUCAAGACAUGAACCAAACUUCUUCAUUUUGGCGCAUUCGCGAGGGAAUUAGUGAAGCAUUAGUCAGAGCAGGUGCUGUCUACAAGUACGAUCUAUCCUUGCCUGUUGAAAAAAUUUAUGAGAUCGUGGAGGAAAUGCGGUCAAGAUUAGGUCAGUCAGCAACAGUUUUGGGAUAUGGCCACCUUGGAGAUGGUAAUCUGCAUCUGAAUGUCUCUGUACCUGAAUAUGAUGACAAAGUUUCUGCAAAAAUUGAACCUUUUGUAUAUGAAUGGACAUCCAAGCAUCGGGGAAGUAUCAGUGCUGAACAUGGACUUGGGCAGAUGAAAGCCAAUGAAAUCCAUUACAGCAAGCCUGUUGAAGCUGUUCAACUCAUGGCUUCCAUAAAGAAGCUGUUGGAUCCCAAUGGAAUAAUGAACCCAUACAAAGUUCUUCCUCAGUCCGUACUUUGCUAAAGGUAACGUAACUUUGGCUGAUUGCAGAGUUCCUUGUUAUGCUUUCCGUACAUCGUUUUCUGGAAUUUAAUGCUCAUGUGUUAGCAUAACAAAAUCACUGUUCCUCUUUUGGGUGAUAAUUGACAAUAUAUUCUGGUUUCUCAUGCUAAUGGAUUGAUUAAAGGUGCACCAUGUUCGUUAUUGAAUAAACCGUGCAUUGUGCUUUUGAAUCACUGAACACAAUAAGGUCGCAAAUGUAACAUCUGUAUGUUACUGUAUCAUUUAUUAUCUAUUGCUGAAAAUACUUGAAGUCACCAGGCACCAGUUGUGCUGAAGCAUCAUAUUUAACCA